AUGGUUCGCCAUAAAAAAGAUUUCACCUCCAAGGGCAGAAAGGGAGGCCCUACCCCACGUCGAGGACCCCGGCGAGAUGAGGAAGACGGCUCUGAAUCUUCGCGCCCAGCCUUCAAGGCUGCGUGCUGGGAUCUAGGCCAUUGCGACCCUAAGCGCUGUUCAGGAAAGAAGCUCAUGAAGCUUGGAAUGAUGCGCGAUCUUCACCUUGGCCAACGCCAUAACGGAGUCAUCAUAACACCCAAUGGCAAACGUACCGUUUCCCCUGCCGAUCGCGAAAUCAUGGAUCAGUUCGGCGCCGCUGUUGUGGAAUGCUCCUGGGCGAGAACGCAAGAAGUUCAAUGGAACAAAGUCGGCGGGAAGUGCGAGCGAUUGCUGCCCUAUCUUGUUGCGGCGAACACAGUCAACUAUGGCAAGCCCUGGCGGUUGAAUUGUGUUGAGGCGCUGGCUGCCGCAUUUUAUAUCUGUGGCCACCCAGACUGGGCCGAGCAGAUUCUUGCGCCAUUCUCCUACGGUCCAUCCUUCCUCGAAAUCAACUCCACCUUGCUCAAACGAUAUGCGGCGUGUGCCGACGAGGCCGAGAUGAAAAAGACGGAGGAAGAGUGGAUGGAGCAGUUAGAGAGGGAAUAUGCCGAGAGUCGAGAGGAAGGAAACGACGAUAUGUGGACUAGCGGAAACACAAAUCGAAGACGCAUAGAGCCCUCCGAUGACGACUCGGAUGAUGAGGAGGAGGACAGCGAGGAGGAAGACGGGAGCGUGGAUGGUAUUUAUCUUGGGAAGAGACCGCUCAAGGCUGAUCCAGAAGAGGAAGAUGAAGAGAAGGACCGCUACGCAAUAUCCGAUGAUUCAGAUGACGAAGACGCAAUGGCCGAAAUCCGUCGCAAAGUACUUGCCUCGAAGACGUUCAGCAACCCCAACGAAGAAGACAAGAAACCUGCCACAAUUCCUAACCCGCAUCAGCAGCAGCAGAAUUUCAAGCCCAACCCCAGUGUUCAGCCUGAUUCAGACAACGAGAGGAGCGGAAGUGACGACGAUGACGAUGAGUUUGACAACAUCAUCGAGGCUACGCCCGUCACGGAUCGUAUAGGCCUGGCCAAGUUGGAAAAGGAGCGUUCUCAAGCUACUAGGACAACGAGAACGUUUUCUUCAAACGCGGUUGGGGCACCUUACAAAAGCUGA